AGGUAGACAUGCUCGCCUGUUCUCAAAAGAUGCGACUAACACAGCCGCCAUUGAUAGCUCUGGAAACGCCUAUCUCAUCAUUUUAUGACUGCCCCGCCUACUUCAUUAGUACUAUAUACCAUCUUGUUUUGCAACGGACAAGGAUUUAAAGAUGCACAACAGCACUGUGCACCAUGCACAACUAAAAAAGUUGGUUGAAAAUAUUCUAAAUGACUGGUGCAAGGAAAGAAUGAAAGAUUUGGAGAAGCUCCAACCAGGCCACUCUUCUUAUUGGAGAAAUAAUGUUUAAAAUGUUUGCUGCAGCAACUGGGGAAUCGAUGGUUACAAACAAACCACUCACUUUGCGGCGUGACUGUUGCUACUAGACUAUUUCAAGCUGGUGUUGAUGAACAAUUAAUCAUGAAAAGAACAGGUCACAGAAGCACGGAUGGUGUACGAAUUUAUAAGCACAUUUCAGAUCAACAAAAUGCCGGAAGACGUUUCCUCAAUAAUAUUAUUAUUACAAACAAAAACAGCAGUAGCUAGCGACGAUAUACCAAUUCACCUCAUCCUCCAAAAGCACAAAACAUAUCUCUAGAUGAAGACAGACACUUCAGCUUUAAUAACUGCACAAACAUACACAUAACAAUUCAAAAAUAAUAUUACUAUUAUUGCUGUCAUCAUUUUUAUUCCUAAAAUUUCCCAAACUUUGGCAGAAGUAUCUAAAUAAUUUCCCGGAGGUUUCUAAAUAUUUUCCCGGGGUAUUAUAAGUGAUUUAGACACCUCAUAUAAUGCAAUCUGAUUGGUCAAUUCAAAACAAGCAUGGUAGAAUUUUACUUGUUUGUUUUUUAUUAAUUGACCAUUAGGAAGGUGAUGGAAAGAAGAAAGAUGUUAUAUUUAGUUGCACACAAGAACAGCUCCAGGAUUUGGUUGGAAAGUUGAAAGAUGCUUCAAAAUCACUUGAGAAAUUUAGCCAACAAUAAUUUCUAUUAUAGUAUUUUGUUAUGUUUGCAUUAUCUCUUUGUGGCUGUGUGUGGCUCUUGUGUGUGUGUGCUAUUAUUGUCUAGUUCCAAGAAUUGGAUACACUCUUUGAUUUAGUACUAAAUUCAGUUCUUAGAAUUGUUGAUAGUAAGAACAUUCUAUGAAUUGGUUUCGGAUUGUUGUAGUUCCAAGAAUUUGGCCACUUCUUGAGUAUCGAUAGUUCCAUUUCUUGGAAUUGUUGACAAGAUAAUCAUAAAACUCUGCAUGUGCUAUGAAUUUCACUAUUGCUCAGUUCUUGAACUCAAUAGCUCACACCCUGUUUUAUGUGCCAAGAUCAAGAUGGCUAGUACUGGUAAUCCAUUGCAUGAUGCUAAAGGCCACAUGAUUGGUCUAAUCAGAACAGCUUAUGACAAAGAAAAAUCAAAUGAAGAAAGAUCAAGAAACUUACAAAGUGAAAUUGAUGAGCUAGAAAAGGAAAGAUUGAUAUUAGAGAAAGAGUGUUCAGAGCUGGAAAUCAGGAAAAAUGAACUUGAGAAAAAGUCAAGUGCAUCUAGUGAGGCUCGUAAGAUGUAUGGUGAUGUGACAUCAGGAGAUAUAACACAUCAAGAUGUUGUACUAUCCUAUCAGAACCAUUUUACAGCUGCACAUCGUAAUCUGCCAAAAAUUUUAGAUGUACCAACAAAGGAAGCUAAAUUUGAAGCGUGGACAGAGGCAUCUGAGAUUGUGGAGCAAAGUUUUGAUAAAAACAAAGAAGAGAUUGUUUCUGAGAUGAUAACAAAGCUAUGGACAGCAUUGACUAACCCUCCUCCUACUGACAAACCAUUAGAUAUUAAUACUUCUGAUCUCUAUAAAGCCUUUACAGUGUAUAUUAAGAAAAAUGAAGAUAAAAUAAAACAGGUUAUUGCUAAAAAUUCCCCUCAAGAGCAUAAUGAAGCAGCUGCUAUGUUUCGUUUUGCAAGAGACAUCAUUAUGCAACUUGACCCUGAAGAUUACCAUAGUUUCAUUUUUGAAGGAAUGAAACGUCCCAAACACUAUCUACAGGCUACAGCAAGUUCAGCAGCUAUAUCUAAAGCAAAAGCUGAAACUGAAAAGAAGAGUAAAUGCCAUGCUUGUGGGAAAAAAUUUGAGUUAGAUAAAGGAGAUAGUCCUACUUAUCACUUGGGCUAUUAUUGGCAUCAACGUCACUGCCGCUGUGUUAGUUGUCAUAAAUUAGUUGAUGAAAAUUUCGUGUAUUAUAAGAAAAAGAGUUACUGUAGCCAUUGUUUGUGCUGUAAAUGUCAGAAACCUAUAGUCAUUGAUGAGGAUGUUCUUGAGACAGAACAGGGUCAAUUUCAUAGGAAUUGUCUUGUAUGUAGUACAUGUCAUGUGUUUAGAAAUGAAAUGUUCCAAAUUGGAGACAACUAUAUUUGCAAAAAGUGCUACAAUGACAGAAGCAGAAAGAAAAGAUAAACUUUUUUAGCUACAUACAUUUUAAAUAGAUUGCAUGCCGAGUCAAAAUAUAUUUCAGUAGCUUCUUGAUAUACCUAGUUUUGUAGUCUAUAGACUAUUAUAGUCACAAAUGAUUUAAACAUGAUAUUUUAAUUAAGGCAUGAUA